AUGUCCCUCGCAUGGGAUCGUGCCAUCGCGAAGCCUGGAAUACCAUUCAGAAGAGCAGUUGUCGGAUUCAACUGCAAUGUGGACGUUAUUGUUUCUGGGACGCAAAUCAUCGAAAACUUGAAUACUACUUGUGAAAAAGGCAAGGAUCACGAGAAUCUCGAAUCACUCUCUGACCUACACGAGACAUUUAUACACUUCUUCCAACGAGGUGCCCCUGCUGAAAGAUAUAUGUCCUCUGAAGGCACGUUUGAAACGGUUGUCCGACAAGUUGAGUCAGCCUUACCUCGAGCUCAAUAUCACAUCGGAGGUAAUGCGGCCCUUAUGGCCGAAAGGAUAGCAUCCGUUUUCCAAGACACGGAGGUUUAUUUAGUUGGUCCUAUUGGCCCUAGAAGCCAAGCACUGUUGAAUCCUUCCGUCAGAAGAACGAAUUCAACUCGAAUCACGAAGGAUGACACUCAUGUGAUUUUUUUUGAAUACAAGCAACGGACCGUAGAGGAGCCGCGAAAACGUCGUAGCGGGAGGAUCGGAUUGCUCCCAAACAAAGAAAUGCGUCUCGAGAAACUGCGGAUGAUCCGGCGAAAUCUUCUCCAAAUUUCGUCUAAGACGCCAAUCCAUUUCGAAUUGGGAAGUCUUGCUGAUGCUACUUUCAUGUUCGAUAUUCUUCAUAGAAUUAUUCCUCAUGUGGACUCUUUGGGCAUCAAUGAACAAGAGUUAGCGUUCUUAUCACAUGUGGCUGGUGGACCACACAUGGAAGAGUAUCCAGUACAGGCCGGUACCGUACAUGCACAC